GAGGCUAGAAAGCGUGUAGGGAGUUCAUGAACGCUGCUUGUCUCCUCCUGCAGUCACUGCAGAGGGCACGCAGCCUGCCGGGGCAAGGAUCCCAAACUGCUGGACGCAGCAUGACCGUCCCACAGCUGGAAAAUCUCACCGGUGUGACACCGCUCGUGACAGUGAGUUAAGUUUGUGGCAGACACAAAUCGGAAGGAUUUCUGCCUUUUUUUGCAGACUUCCUGCUGGAGACGGAAGAAUGAGAAGUUCAGAGGCUGUUGGUUAUUGAAAAUGGAAGAAACAAGGAAGCUCACUCCAAAGCCGUGUAAAAGCAAAGAACCUGUGAAAACAGAAUGGGGGUCUCAAAGUGUUGUAUUUACGUAUUUCCAAGGGGAUAUUAACAGCAUGGUAGAUGAACAUUUUUCUAGAGCUCUAAGCAAUGCCAAGAACCCACAAGACCUAAGCACGAAGCACAAGGGUGAGACUGUUCUCCUGAAGAAUGUAGAUAGCACGUCUCCCCAUCAGUGGAAUUUCUCUUCACAUUACUCCAAACAAUAUCCAUCGUCAUCUGCUACAAGCAUGUCAAAUUCUGGUCAGAAUUUUUCUGCUGCUGGUAUGGCAGGCCAAUACCAGCCAUCAGCUCUGCGGAGUCAUCCAUCCCAACCUGCAGAUUUAUGGCCGUUCCCUUCGAUUGGGACUCCCAGUCUUACCAGUUCGGUGUAUCACCAUGCCUUGCCUGACCUGCACGCGGUAGAUGAACCGAUCUCUGACAGGAAAUACGGUUCUCUUCUUGGUCUUCUGCAGCAGGAAAGGUGCCUAACUUCCAUGCAAGAAUGUACCAUGAAGCAACACUCAAGUUCUGCUUGUAUGACUGGACCUGCUAGGUUACAAAAUAUAAGUCAAAGUUCAGCUCCUGGGGGAGAGAGGAAAGCAAGCUCUUACCAAGGCUCAGAAAAUCCCAGUGUAAGCCAUGCCACUGCAGGUAUUCAGAUUCAAGACAGAAGACAAGAUUUGUACUUUUAGCAACUGGAUGUCUCUACUUUAUUCUGAAAAAGAAAGUUAUUGCAGUGAACUUUUAUUAUUUGCAACUGUGAAUCGAGAAGAAAUGAACUGCAGCUGUUCUGUGCUUUUUCUCUCACUUGGAAGAAUACACGUGCUAUUUACUAUUUGGGGAAUGAAAAAUAAUCUUUUUCUGUUCAGUAAAUAAUUUCUAAUAGCUAUGGUAUUAAACCUGACAGUAUGUUUGUCGUGAAGAAAUAUUGUCUACUUAAGGCUUUUCACGUAGCUCUCUUGAAAGGACUCCUAGCACAUUUUAAUCUUGCUGUGCUUAUUCAUUUACCAUCUCUUGGUAAGAAACACAGUUCGUAUCAGUGCAGUUGAUAAGUGCAGGGAUGCAGUUAGCGUAAAUUCAAUGCUGCAGAUUCUUAGCUUGAUUUGAUAUCUCCAUAUUGUUUAAAAUAGUCUUAGACCACAGAAAAGAGACUUCAAGACAACCACAGAUCAGCAAAUCAUGUUAUAUUUGUAUUUUGGAAUUACAGUAAUUUGUAACCAUACUUGCAAUUCACAUAGACUGUCUUCAGAAGCUAUAUAAUAUGCAUAUGCCCAAAGGCUCUGUUUUGCCUCGUCAUGUAUAAUCACCCUCCAGAGAACAGUGAAUUAACACUAGAUCUGGGAGGAAAUCUGGAUCCUCAUUGGAUGCAAUUAAAAUACCAUUGAGCAAAAA